GACAACAUUGGUCAUAACUAAUUAUAGUAACAGAUUUCUAGUAUAUUUCUAAUCUACAAAAUAUUUGAUUGUGCAGUUCGCGCGCUCUUGCAUUAGAGCACAAAAAUGUGAUUUUGGAGGAACUUGAAAAACAUUCGUGAAAUAUUAUAUGUUGGUAUGAUUAUUAUGAAUCGCUACACACUCACAUUCUUCUUCAAGUUGAGUUGGAUGGGUGCGGUUGGGUGGUGGUUUAACCGGCAAAAGCAAAAAAGUUGGUCCGCGCCCGCAUACCAAGUAUAAAAAUGGGGGGUCGUCUGGAUUCGAACAGAAGACCUCUCGUUCAUAUAAGACUUCGAUACCAUGUUGAGAAUCAGUUUUUUCCCGAAUACUCGAAUUGUUGAGAGAAGUUCCGUAUUAAUAAAUCUUAUUAUGCCAGGUAAUAACGGCAUAUAACUCGUGUCUAUAAAUACCGCUUUGGGAGAGCUUAAUUAGACACACACACACCAAACUACGUAGAGAAAUAUAGUCAUUGACUUAUUGUUCACUACUACAACAAUGGCUUCCUUGUCCACUUUCACCAUGACCACCUUCCCUCCCACUCCCACCACUGACCGGAGAACCACCGUUGCCGGCUUCGGCGGCGACCGUGCUACUUUCCCGCAGCCACCCAAGAUCGUCUCCCGCCGCAGUGACACGUCAAAUUAUUACUUGGAGGUCGAAACCCUAUCCGCCGCCGCCACCGCCUUCCCUUUUCCGCUCUCGGGUGGAACCUUUGGUUCGACCGGUAGCCGCAACCUCCUUCUUCCGCCAGGCUUCGGCAAGGAGGCUGAAACGACUGUUGAUCCGACCAACGGAAAUAACGACAACUACUCCUUUCUUCCUAUCUUGGGCAACAAGGCAGCUGAAGCCGUUGAUCCGACCAAUGGAAAUGGCGACAACUUCUUUAAUCCUUUUCUUUACUUUCUCUUCGGCAAGAAGGCUGAAACUACUGUUGAUCCGACCAACGGAAAUAACGACAACUACUUCUUUCUUCCUAUCUUGUGCAACAAGGCAGCUGAAACCGUUGAUCCGACCAAUGGAAAUGGCGACAACUUCCUUAAUCCUUUUUCUUACUUUCUCUUCGGCAAGAAAGGCUGAGGCCGUGGACAAGGCUGAAACCUGAGAGCUUGCUUUGCCAAGACAGACAGGCACAAAAGUCUUAAUCAGUCGAUAUCUGCGUUUUUCUUCCUGUUUAUGUUUUCUCUAAAGUUAUUUCCUUAAUGGGAAUAACAUAAAAUAAGUAAG